UUUCACAACUUCUGCUCAACAUUCACCACGACUCUCUUCAUCCAGACCAGGUUCACAGCACAUCAGUCGUCACCAUGAGUCAACUGCAGGCUGCUAUGAUGGCAAUCAUUGGAGUCUUCCGUAAAAAUGCUGGCCAGGACAAAACCCUAAACAAGACUGAGCUAAAGACUCUUCUGGAGGCUGAAUUCGGCAAUCUCCUUGUGAAUGCAAAGGACAAGAAUGCUAUAGACAAGGUGUUUAAAGGACUGGACCAGGAUGGUAAUGGAUCAGUCGACUUCUCUGAGUUUGUCAUCAUGGUGGCUGCCCUAUCAGUAGCAAUCAAUGACAAGUGUUGAUUUCAUCACUACUACCACUAGAUGGUGCUAUCUGUUCUUAAUAAAUAUUAAAUAUAU